AUGAACUCUCAGAUUCUCGCCGCCAAAGAGGUCGCCGCGCAAUGGGCCCAAGAAGCUUUGGAAAAGGACACUGCAACGGUAAUGGAUGCGACCGAAAUUACAGACGAAGUCAUCCAGGCUUACACAGAGGCGCUGGAGCAGGUGGCUGCGACAUGCGGGGAGAUUGAGGCCGAAACCAUCGCCACGGAUGUGGAGGCCCUGCUCAAGCAGGCGCAGUUGCACCAGCGCAAGACCGAGCAUGAGAUGGACCAGAUCGAGCAUGAAGAGUUCAAGAUGGACAAGAAGUGCAGGCCAGAGAAUAUCAACAUCGACUACUUUGUCAACAGGCUGAAGGUGAAGUAUGGAUCUGCUGCUUGUGGCAGCUCCCUGCUGCAGACUGCGCACCAGGAUGUGGCAGAUCGGCUGUCGAUUACGCUUAAUCGCCACGCUAGGGAGGAGGCUGCCGAAGAGGCCGAGGAAGAGGCCGCCAUGGAGGAGUUUGAGGGUUCUGAGGGUGCCCUCAUUGACAGCUCUGCCCGGGGCUAUCACAACUACACUGGCUUCAGCCUAGGAACCUUUUUGGCCUGCAAAACUACAAAAAGAAGCUGCGUGAAGUUCCGUGCCGACAUGAUCACCUGCAUUUGCGUGAAGCCGGCAGACCCGCUCAAGUUAAAGUUCAGCCUUGGUGCGGCAAUCAAGGACUGUGGCCAAGGCCUGGAUGGAGCCAUUGCCACGUUCAGCGUGAACUUGAAGCUUCUCUUGUGCCUGGGCAUCCCCGGCCUCGCUCACCCGCUGCAGCUGAUCAACGCCGAUUGCAUGGACCUGGCAGGCGUGAAGUAUUUUCCCUUCAUUGGCAGGCUGACGGUUGGAGAUGUCACGAACUUCGGCGAAUAUUGGCUCACAGGGGAGGCCCGGUUCAAAUUCAACUUCAACUUUGUCGUCCACGAUCUAACCAAAGCCGUGACCGAGUAUUGCAACGUCAAGCACAUUUCCCGGUCUGACUGGGCAUGGCAUUGGAUCUACAUGGCCUCUUCGAAGAGCCACGACGAGAUAUGCCGUAUCUUCCCCAAGUGUCCAUCCUGCUAUGUGAGCAAGAAGGAGCAGGAGUGCGUCGACUGGUUCGAUGACCAGCGCGUGGCACGUAAGGAGCUCAAGGUCGUCAUUGACGAAAUGUACCACGAGGCAUAUGACUGCUGGUGGGACUGUGCUCCUACAGGUACAAGUGGAGGAACGACGCGACUUACAAUUGGAACGUCCGCUGAGCUCCCUUGA